AUGCGUCUCGAACUCACCAUCCUCACCGCCACUCUGGUCCUCGCCCCGAUCGUUUCGGGAUACAGCUGCUACGAUCAGGGUGGGAGCAAGUCGUGCGAUAGCAAGGACGACUUACACAAAUAUCGCGAGGACUAUUGCGGUUCCGAUAGGUGGAAGACUGGCGGCUCUUACAGCAAGGGAAGAUCCAAGAUCAAUGUCUCGGGCCACUACCAUGACCAGAAGUCAUGCUAUGACAGGUUUCAGGGUGUCAUUGACGAAUGUUAUGGCAAGAAGAAUGGUGGCAGGGACGGCUACAAGGAUAGUGGAGACGAGGCCGACUUGGAUUGGGGUUGGUGUAAUUAA